UGCGCACGCGUACACCACGUACACCGAUGAUCGGGCUGGAUGCUAGCUAGUUAGCGCUCGGUCUGUCAAGUAGCACACAUUGGGCUUGAAGGGGGAAGCGCAGCGGCGGAGAAGAAGGGCGACCCACGCGCCGCUACGAAAUGGCCGGACAACAGUUCCAGUAUGACGACAACGGCAAUACGUUUUUCUACUUCCUAACGUCCUUCGUCGGACUCAUUGUGAUCCCCGCCACAUACUACCUCUGGCCCCGGGAUCAGAAUGCUGAGCAACUGCGGCUGAAGAGCCUGAGGAGGGUACAUGGCCGGUGUCUGUGGUACCGGCUCAGGCUGAUGAAGUCACAGCAGAGCAUUGUUCCAACACUAAAGAAAGCAGUCUUGUUAUUUGGAUGGGCUGUGUUUCUGCUGCUAGCCUACAAGGUCUCCAAGCUGGAUAGAGAGUAUCAGGAAUAUAAUCCAUAUGAAGUCCUCAACUUGGACCCGGGUGCAUCUUCAUCAGAAAUCAAGAAGCAAUACCGCGUACUUUCACUCAAGCAUCACCCCGACAAAGGUGGAGACGAGGCCACGUUCAUGAGAAUUGCCAAAGCUUAUGCUGCCCUGACCAAUGAAGAGUCGAGGAAAAACUGGGAAAUGUUUGGUAACCCAGAUGGUCCAGGAGCAACGAGCUUUGGUAUUGCUCUGCCUGCCUGGAUUGUUGACCAAAAGAACUCAAUGCUGGUGCUGUUGGUGUAUGGCCUGGCCUUUAUGGUCAUUCUUCCUGUUGUUGUGGGUACAUGGUGGUACCGCUCAAUCCGUUAUAGUGGGGACCAAAUCCUCAUCAACACUACACAGCUCUUUAUGCACUUCAUGUACAAGACGCCUAAUAUGAACAUGAAGCGCUUAGCCAUGGUGUUGACGGCAGCGUUCGAGUUUGAUCCUCGCAGCAAUAAAGAAGCCACCAUACGGCCAACGGACAACAUUGAAGUGCCGCAGUUGAUCCGCGAGUUGGGUAACAUCAACGUGAAGAAGAAGGAGCCUCCGUUCUGUUAUCCUUACAGUUUGAAGGCCAGGGUUUUGGUGCUUGCACAUCUGGCGCGCAUGGAUAUAUCAGAGGAGUUAGAGGAAGAUCAGAGGUUUGUGGUGAGGAAGAGUCCGUCUCUGCUCCAAGAAAUGAUUAACGUGGGCUGUCAGCUUACAAUGAUGGCAAACAGCCGAGGAGGGUUCCAUGCUCCUCGACUGGUAACUAUAGAGAACUGCAUGAAGUUGACUCAGAUGAUAGUGCAGGGCCUGCAGGAGUCAAAGUCACCACUGCUGCAGCUUCCCCACUUUGAGGAGGAUCACCUCCGCUACUGCAUCUCCAAGAAGUACAAGGUGCGAAGCCUUCAGGACCUGGUGAGUCUCAAAGACUCGGACAGACGCAGCAUGUUGCGCUUUUUGGGGGAGGAGAAGUACGAUGAAGUCAUGGCUGUGUUGGGCAGUUUCCCUCACAUCACCAUGGAUACCAAACUGCAGGUCCUUGACGAUGAGGACAGUAACAACAUCACAGCAGGCUCCAUUGUCACAGUCACCGUCACCUUAAACAGAAAACGCAUGGCGGACAUGUUUGAAAAAGAGCAGGAGUCAACGCCAUGUCCAGGAGAGGAGGCUGCCAAUACAGAGGAAGCACAAGCAGACGCGAAUAAAGCCAAAACCAAAGUUUGGCAGAACAAGAGCAAAGGGGCGAAGAAGACGGCCAAGUCCAAGAAGAAGAAACUAACCAAGAAGAAGGCGGCUCCUCCGCCAGCCAAAGUCAAGCAGGCCAAUGGAAAUGUGGCAGGAAACGAGGUUGCAGCGGCAGCAGCGGCAGCAGCAGCAGUGACGGCGGCAAAGGAGGACGAGGACGAGGCUUCAGACAAAGGCAGCGAGUCAGACGAGGGCGAGGCCAACAAGGACUCUCCCAGCGAGAGGGACGAGGACAGCGACAAGCAGAGCGACACGGAGGCGGACGAGAUGGGCGGCGACGACGAGGAGGAAUGGGAAGCUCUGCAGCAAAGCAUCCAGCGGCGCGAGCGAGCUCUGCUGGAAACCAAGUCCAAGGUGACGCACCCCGUCUACAGCCUCUACUUCCCAGAGGAGAAGCAGGAGUGGUGGUGGCUGUACAUCGCCGACCGCCGAGACCAGACCCUGGUGUCGAUGCCCUACCACGUCUGCACACUGAAAGACACCGAGGAGGUGGAGCUGAAGUUUCCAGCCCCGUCCAAAACGGGCAACUACCAGUACUCUGUCAUCCUUCGUUCUGAUUCCUACAUGGGACUGGACCUGAUCAAACCACUAAAGCUGGAGGUCCACGAGGCCAAGGCCAUGCUGGACAACCACCCGCAGUGGGACAUCCCCGACACGGAGGAGGAGGACGAGGAGCAGGAGGACAGCGACGGCAUCGAGGAGAGCGAGGACGACGACGAGGACAACGACUGAACGCGGACGCAGCCACGCACACGCACACGCUCAAGCUCCACCCCUUCCUCCCCGACGGCCCGGCCGACCACACCCACUCCCGACCCCACAGCAGCGCUGGAGGGAGCGGCUCCGGUUUCCUCCGCGCACGGACACACACAGAACCACCGGGGGCAGUUUGUGCACACGGAGCCCCGGCUCCGCUUCCAUUUCCCCCCGACAGUAACGCGAACUGUGACCCCCGGCCCCUCGGUCGCCCCUUUUCUACAGAGACUCCUUCAUUUACUUUCCGGCGCUUGUGGAAAGGAAAAUGUGUGAAUAAUUAUACAGGCCCGUGUGAAUGCGUGGGAGUGCGUCUGUACAUGCUGUGUGUUUGUAACCUCGUAUGUGUUUGUACAGGUAUGAGAGAUGGAAACACUGUGGACUGGAGGACCUAUUAUCUGGGCUCUUUUUUGUUUUUUUCUUGAGAGGUCGCGUGACCUCCUUGUGGGAAUCGCAGCAUCGCUCUUGCUCCUAAUUCCUUUUGAAAUCACGUUGAACAGAUGUUUUCCACACCAAUGAUACUUUCUAUUGUACACGCAAAAAGCAGAAGCGCGACCUCGGCCCGUGUUCGCCAGCGAUCGUACCUGAUUUGCUCCUCUCACACAGCUGAGUCUCAUCUUCUAUCUUUUCUUUUUUUUUAAUUUCCACUGUCACACCAGUCGAGAAGAGUACGUCCUUGUAUUUACUGAAUGUUGAAGACGGCGUGUACAGAUAGAUACUGGCUCUAGACGGAUCCGGUAUUUAUCUUUUCACGUCACCGAAAUAAUUACCUAUGAAAAUGAGCUGUGACCUUACGUGCAGUGUGGGAAUUCAUAAAACGUGCAGUGUUACAACUCACUUCUCCAUCAUGUACCACCUAAGGCAUCCUUUUAUUUUGUAGCACAUUCCAGUGUAAAAUCAUUGUCCAAACAGGAAUACAAGAGAAAUACCACCACACAAGAAGCGUCUGCACUUCUCGCAGACUCGAGCAGUUAUUUGUUUGUGUUUGUAAAAUGCUUCCGUGUUUUUCUUUUGAUUCUGUUUAGCGUUAGCCUCCUCAUAGUAGCGUGUAGCUCCACAGUGGCGGCGUGCAGUGCAUAUCACGGAUCCAGCGGCGCAUAGGUUUGAGGCUGAGCAGCAAAUCGUGCACCAAACGUGUUCUGGAAGACGAACCGUCUGCUCUCCAGCGCCUCGAUGAAUCAGAACAAGCUUAGUUUGGUAAUUACUGCCAUUUUCCCCUGCUAAUGUAAAGAAAAGUGAUUGCUUUUCUAGCUGCGAACAAACCGGAUCCCCUCUCAUUUAGAUGUUUCGUCUUAGUUGAGCUUUAGUUGUAACAAACCUAACACACAUUGUUUGGGUGGAUUCUAACCUUUUUGCUUUUACGACUGUUGGAUUCAUGACAGGGAAAGAAACGAAAGCCCGAGCCUUUGCAGCUCUGAGCGCUCAACUUGACAGAUUAGACUUUUUAGGACGUGACUUAUUUCACAAUCAAUAUUUCCAGCAGUUAAUUAUUUACGUUGACAGCAUUUCUUAGUGGGUCACGUUAGCGUUGGAGAGACAAAGGCCUAAAUAUCUUCCGGCAUGUUUUCCCAGUGCCACCGACUCGCACCACCCCCUCCUGUAACUGUUCCCAGCAGGUGUAUGCUAACAGGUUAUAUCAUACCCUGAGUAUUUAUCGCUCUGCAAUAGAAUGUAGCAUCAGUGAUUUGCGCUGUGUGGGGAAACGAACUGCAGUGAGUUGAGACACACGAACGCCUCCUACGACAGACCUUGUCCAGGCGACGGGCGAGCGAGUCGCCUCGCGUUGGGACAGACUUUCCAUUGACUAUCUGCCACUUUUGUUUACAAAGGAACUGUCAUUGUAAAUGGAAAAAAAUAUAUAUAUUAUUUGUAUUUAAAAUCAUUUCAAAUAAAAACUUUUAAAUGAGA